AUGGAGGCUGAGUCAAUGAAAUACCGCUACCUUGGAAGAUCAGGGCUUAAAGUUUCAGUUCUUGGCUUUGGAAACAUGACAAGUGGGUGGGCAGAAGGAGCAGAAGAAUGAAACUCUCAGUGUAUUGAUAAAUGCAUCAAAAAAGGAGUCAAUUUUUUUGAUACAGCUGAAUUAUACGGCUCAGGAGUUGCUGAAACAAUUCUUGGAAGAAAUCUAAAGCAAGGAGGCUAUGAUAGAGAUGAUCUCAUCAUAACAACUAAGUUUUUCCCUUCAAAAUUUGGAAUUCAAGGCCUCAGCCGCAAAAGACUAAGGCAAGCCAUUGAUCAUUCUUUAGAAAGAAUGCAGCUCGAUUAUGUUGAUAUAAUUUACCUGCAUAGAUUUGACCCUGAAGUCCCACUAGAGGAAUCUAUUAGAAUUGCUAAUGAAAUUAUAGACAGUGAUAAAGCGUUCUAUUAGAUUAUGAUUAUUAAAGACAGGCGCUAGUCAUAUUGUGAUGUUUUCACCAAAGAUCUUCCGUACAGGAGAUUAAUCCGCAUUGAGAUGAACUGCCUAGUAAGUCUAGCCAAAGUCGAUGCGGCUGUCUCCUACUUGCCUUGCAGUUUCAAUCCUGAGUAGGCGGCUUAUAUAUUUCUGCUGCCCUGCAGCAGGCUAUUGGGAGUAACUUGAUUCCAGGAUUAGCUCCUUGGAGUCUAUAGGGUGCCAGAGUGCCUUUUUUUGGCAGCUACAAGAAAAGACUGCUCCCAUAUGACCCAAGCCGAAAUCCCCGUUUCUCGAUAGAGGAUACCCAAUGAUCCAAAGUCGCCUGUUUAAUGGGCAUUCUAUUGGGGAACUUCUAACUUUACUCCUCAGCAAAUUUCUGAAUGUUUCACGAUUUGUGAAAAACAUGGAUGGAUUCCACCAAUUGUAGAACAGUGUGAAUAUCAUAUGUUUGAAAGAGAAAUUGUUGAAAGAGACUAUGUUCCUUCAUUUAAUCAGUACGGACUAGGGACUAGUGUAUGGUCACCUUUGUGUGGAGGGAUUUUGUCAGGAAGAUAUAAUGACGGAAAUGUCUCAGCAGGCAGAUUUGACAAUAGCUUAUUUGCGUCAUUUACAAAACCAAAGUGGGAUAAAUAUAUUGGGAACAGAAAAGAAGCCGCAGUUAAGAUUUUAACGGGAUUAAAAGCGAUUGCAGAUGAAUUAAGAUGCAGCCAAGCUCAAUUAGCUAUUGCAUGGGUGAUGAAAAAUCCUGAUGUAUCAACUGCUAUUACUGGAGCUAGCUCCAUUGCUCAGCUUGAAGACAAUCUUGGCUCUGUGGAAGUGAUUGAAAAACUAUCCCCUGAGGUACUAUCAAGAAUUGAAGAUCUACUUGGAAAUAGGCCAACGCCAUCUAUGAAUUGGAGAAAUUUCUCACCAAAUACUCCAAGAAGAUAA